GCAACAUAUGUAGCUUAUUCGAACAUCCCAUUUUACGUGUAUCAAACAUGGAAGGCAGAAAGCUGUUUAGAGUGAUUACAAUAAUUAUGUUUAUUGCAAAAUACUCCGAUGCAGACUGUCAGGACUAUGCCAGAAACUCAGAAAAAUGCAACUUCAAUGGAAAUUAUCAGUGUGGGAAGUGUGUUUGUAACGAGCCAUUUUUUGGUGCGGCAUGUGAGUGCGACAAAGGAACAGGGACCAUUGAAGAUAAAGAAAGACAAUGCAUUCGAGACAAUGACACGGGUCUAAUCUGUAGCGGUCGGGGGGAGUGUCGAUGUGGUUUAUGUCAAUGUCAUAGCAAAGGAAUGAAUAGCUUUCAGCUAUAUAUGGGGACGUACUGUGAAUGUGACGACUACAGCUGCCAGUACUACUCCGGUCUGCUUUGUGGUGGUUUAACGAGAGGAAAAUGUGACUGUGGAAUAUGUACGUGUUACGAUGGCUUCAAAGGUGAAAACUGUGGAUGUACUACUGACAAUAGCACCUGUGUGUAUAACGGGAAAUUAUGCAAUGGACAAGGAACAUGUGAGUGUGGCAGAUGCACUUGUACUAAUCCCCGUUACUUUGGACCCCAAUGCCAGGACUGGGACUAAGUUAUAACUGCCAUCAAUGCAUAUUGAAUAUACCGUGACUGAAUUUCGGCUUUGUAAAUUUUUCAAUUACAGCGAGAUACAGGGUGUUUAAAAAAAAGAUGCAACCAUUUCUUCAGUGUGGGGAAAUAUUUCAGAAGCCUACAAUUAAUAUAUUUUGUAUCUUUGAUAGAGAAUUUAGCUUUCACGUAUUUAAUUAUGACGUCAUAUACAACAUAAGUUAUGCUAUUUUUCUAAGUCCAAGGGCCAUAACUUAGUGAAAAACCAACAGACCGGGACGAAAUUCGAACUUGAUCCGUAACUUGUUAUGGCAAAGCAAUGCAUCAAAUGAAUAUCUGCAAGCACAUAAAAAAAAAAGUCCGGAAAACUGAUUUGCAGGACUGACGGACAGAGUGCAAACCUAAAGUCCCUUCUGGGAAGGGGGGACAUAAUAAUAAGAACCAAGCAAAAACAAGAAGUCUCCAAACUUCGUUUGAGAGACUUAAAAAUACCUCAAGGUAAUAAGUAGCCAUUUCAUGGACUACCCUUCUGUCACAUAACAUGCCAACCCACGAGACUUCAGAGCGAGAUUAAUAUAAGCCUUUUGGCUUGUUUCUCAAUCUAUUUCAUGUAUAAGACAUUGUUUGUAAACAUUAUCGAAUUAUUUACGAAUAAAUAUUGUUUAAACUAAA